UUAGGAAAUGGCAAUAAGGGCUUUGAAACAGACGGGAAGUAGAAGCAUUGAAGCAGCUUUGGAAUUUAUCAGUAAGAUGGGUUAUCUGGACCCUCGCAAUGAGCAGAUUGUCCAAGUCAUCAAACAGACAUCACCAGGUAAAGGCACAAGCUCCAAUAAUGUUCUUCAUCGAUCAAGUUUUGAAGGACCAAGUGAACCGUUUCCACCAUAUCAUCCUAUUAAUAAUCCGCCAUACGAGGGGCCUGUUUUUCCUGCUGAAGGUUCCACUGUGCUUAAUGAUGUACCACGGCAAUACAUGGACUACUUGCUCUCUGCUCCCCAGGCUGGGGCUAUGAAUGGACCAUCACAGAGGCCACCAGCACACAACCCUCCUGGAAGCCACCAGCAUCAGCAGAAGGCGUAUGCCACCGGUGUUGAGUCUCCUGCAAUAACUUAUACUAUGGGGAACCACACCAGUCAAGGUCUACCCUUGCAGCCUUCCCAUGCUUCAAACAGUCCCCAUUAUAGCCGACAGCACCUCAUUGUCCAGGGGGACCCUAUGGGGUAUGGUGUCCAAAGAACCCCAUCAUUUCAAAACAAAAUGCAACAAGAAAGUAAUUAUGUGAAUAUUCAGGGCAAAGGUCCAGUGCCACAAACUAGCCCAGGUCAUACAUAUCAGCAAGCCCCAGCAGGCCUUUAUAUGCCACAUCCUCACCACAAGCAGUCAAGUCCUUCCUCUCACCAGAUGCUGGUUAUGUCAAGGGGAUCUCCCUAUGUAAGUGAGUAUCCUGACACACCACAAAAUCCUUUUCCUCCAUCACAGAAUAGUCUAAACAUGGAUAUAUAUGAUAUGAGUGGUGUUUGCCAGUGGCCAAAUGCCCAACACCGCCGUGAUUCUCUUCAGGGUCCUGGAAUAGAUGCUUCUCCACGGCAACACGUCUCUUUUAGAACAGAAUCCCAAGUACCAAGCCGCACCAACUCUUUCAAUAACCACCAACAGCCAAAGCAGGUGCAACUUCGGCAAACUCCUCAAACCAAACCUGAUCCAUCAAUGACUUCACCUAAUACCAUCACCACUGUUACUUCUGCCCAUAUUCUCCAGCCAGUGAAGAGCAUGAGGGUGGUUAGACCAGAACCUCAGACAGCUGUUGGUCCAUCCCAUCCUGGUUGGCUAGCAUCACAAGCACAGGUGCAAGAAAAUGUAGAGAUGCUUGAGCCACAUCCAUUAUCUGUCAGUGGGCCAAGUCCUUAUGGGAUUGAAGUGGAUUAUGGCAACCAGGACAUAAGAUUUCCACCACCACCCUAUCCAAAGCAUCUUUUGCUCCAGAACAGCUCAGAACAGCAUGAUAUGAACUCUUUAAGUAAAGGUGUAGAGCAGAACCUCCGGGUUGUCGAUAAUGUAACUUGCAAUCAAGCAGAGGAAGCCAAUGGAGAAGUAAAACAUGAGAAAGCAAGCAAGAGUUCUAAAACCACAAAAUCUGGAAAGGACAAAAAGCAAAUUCAAACAUCUCCUGUACCAGUGCGUAAAAAUAGCAAAGAUGAGGAGAAAAGGGAGUCCAGAAUUAAAAGCUACUCUCCUUUUGCCUUCAAAUUCUACAUGGAGCAGCAUGUGGAGAAUGUCCUGAAAACCUAUCAUCAAAAGAUCAAUAGAAGGUUACAGUUGGAACAAGAGAUGGCAGAGGCUGGUCUUUGUGAAGCUGUUCAAGAGCAAAUGCGGAAAAUUCUGUACCAAAAGGAAUCCAACUACAACAGACUAAAAAGAGCCAAAAUGGACAAGUCUUUGUUUGUGAAGAUUAAAACCCUGGGCAUUGGUGCCUUUGGUGAAGUCUGCCUUGCCAGUAAAGUGGACACCAAAGCUCUGUAUGCCAUGAAGACUUUGAGAAAAAAGGACGUUUUAAACAGGAACCAGGUGGCACAUGUCAAAGCUGAGAGGGACAUCCUAGCAGAGGCUGAUAAUGAGUGGGUAGUUAAACUUUACUACUCCUUCCAGGACAAAGACAACUUGUACUUUGUGAUGGACUAUAUCCCAGGAGGAGAUAUGAUGAGCUUACUUAUACGGAUGGAGGUGUUUCCUGAGCAUCUGGCCAUGUUUUAUGUCGUAGAAUUGACUCUGGCCAUUGAGAGUGUCCACAAGAUGGGGUUUAUUCACAGGGACAUCAAACCUGACAACAUUCUUAUAGACCUGGAUGGCCACAUAAAGCUAACAGACUUUGGUCUCUGUACUGGAUUCAGAUGGACACAUAACUCAAAAUACUAUCAGAAAGGGAGCCACAUUCGGCAGGACAGUAUGGAACCCAGUGAGCUGUGGGAUGAUGUGUCUAAUUGCAGGUGUGGAGACAGACUGAAGACGUUGGAACAGCGGGCUAAGAGACAGCACCAUCGAUGUCUGGCUCACUCCUUAGUAGGGACUCCUAACUACAUAGCCCCUGAAGUCCUCCUGCGCAAAGGAUACACUCAGCUUUGUGAUUGGUGGAGUGUGGGAGUCAUUCUCUUUGAAAUGCUAGUUGGACAGCCACCUUUCCUAGCAUCCAAUCCAACAGAAACACAGCUAAAGGUAAUAAACUGGGAGAACACGCUUCACAUUCCCCCCCAGGUUAACCUGAGCCCGGAAGCAACAGAUCUAAUUACCAAGCUGUGUUGUGCAGCAGAAAACAGACUGGGGAGGAAUGGAGCUGGUGAAAUAAAGGCUCACCCCUUCUUUAGUACCAUGAACUUCUCUACUGACAUUCGAAGGCAGCCAGCACCUUAUGUCCCAAAAAUCAGUCACCCGAUGGACACUUCAAACUUUGAUCCGGUGGAUGAGGAAAGCCCUUGGAAUGACAGCGGGGACAGCACAAUGGCCUUGGACACACUCAUGUCGCCCAACAACAAACACCCAGAACAUGCCUUUUAUGAGUUCACUUUCCGCAGGUUCUUUGAUGACAAUGGCUACCCAUUCCGCUACCCUAAGCCAUCUCGUGUGGAGGCGAUGCCAUGUGAAGACUUGCAGGAAGAAAAUAAGACGAAAUCUGGUGAAACAGAAAGCUGUCAGCCAGUCUACGUGUGA